AGGAAACUCUGGCGUGGGGGAAGAACAUGGAACACGAUCCUCCAGAUGGGCACCAAGAUAUAAGUUCAGGAUGUCCAUCACCAAGUAUGGCAGGAAUAACAGCUGCCUGCUGCCAGGCCCUGAGGACCCUUUCAAUGUGUCACUGUUACUGGCUUAUUCUACUUUUCACAAGUCACGUCCUGAAACCACCUGGCUUCCAAUUGGCUGCAGCAGCUGAAAAUGUCACCAUUGACGUGAGGGUAGAUCCUGACGAUCCCGACAUCGGAUGGGACGUGGCAUUAUCUCCAUCAGGAAUGAAGACUAACAUCCUGGCCUGCCACUGGUACCGAGGGGAGACAAAUAACUUUUUCGAGAUCUUAGCUUAUCAUCCCAAGAAAAAUUCUGUGGUCUACGGCCCGGCUUCCCGCCACCGUGAACGCAUCAGGCCAGAUUGUACGCUUCUUAUCAGAGAUGUUAUAGUCACUGACUCCGACUUCUACGCUGUGUAUAAAAAUACUGUUAACCGAUCCGAAGUGGGAACUGCGACCUUAAUAGUCAGAGACAGAAGUUACUACGCCGUGGAGCGACGCACUAUGUCUCCGUUAGCCUUGUUAGGAAUCAUUGUUUCCAGUGGCACUGGCUUUGCCUUCAUUGUGUCGCUGAUGCUUUACCGAACUGUGGGCCGUGUUAAAAGGCCUGCACGUGCUACAGAGCUGGGAAGUGCGGAGGUAUCUCAAGCCAAGAUAGAAAGCCAGAUUGGAAGUCAACAGAGAUUAAGUACUCAAAACAUUCUACCUGGGGAAGAGAAUCGAAUGCUGAGUCAGCAGAGUUUCCUCAACGCCAAGCCUGUAUAAUGAAGAAUGAAGAUUACUCCAGCCUGGAGUCUUGGUAACAUCCAAGUCUUAGCAUCAGCCACCAGUCCCAGUGACCCCCUGCUCAUCCGUCUCUCCCCCACCGCCAUGAAAGAUGCCAUCUACAGGGAUCCAACAACAAAAUAUGGAGGGACAUUCUGGGGACUCCAAAAGUCAACAAUUCUAACCCUCCAGAGUCCUCAGGAGCAAAAAAAAAAUAAAAAUGAAAAAAAAAAAUCCAUCACCUGUAUUGAUGAAAUAAAAGACCUCAGUGCCCAAA